GCCAUCUCCUCUGCAUCAUUCAGGGCAGAAGCUAUUACUGUGUAGUAUGGCUACCGAAUAACACUGCGACCGAGUCUGAAGUUCCACACGUGUCUUUCCUUAAAACCUGCGGUUAUUUCAAGCGCUCCGUUUGCUCUUCGCCCGGCCCAUAAAGCUCACUAUCUGAACGACCACUUGAAACACCUAGGCAGAAAAUGUGGCUGUUAAAUGUAAGAGCCGUUCUCGAUCGAGAAAGGGACAUCCAGCUUGCCGAACCCAAAACCAAGGUCUUGGAGCAACAUGAUGACAAGACUGCAAAAUAUGCAAUACUAUCACAUCGCUGGGGAAAGGAGAUUGAUUACGAUGAGAUGACUGGACUCCUGAAGAUGGACAAGCAAGAUAGGGACGCGGUGAGGCGGCGCGAUGGCUACCAGAAGAUCCUCAAGAGUUGUAAACAAGCCGAUGACGACGGUUACGAGUGGUUGUGGAUCGAUACAUGUUGCAUCGACAAGCGGAGCAGUGCGGAACUCUCGGAAGCGAUCAACUCGAUGUAUCGGUGGUACCGCAACUCGCAAAUAUGCUACGUGUACCUUAACGAUGUCAGCGAGCCCGCCUUUCCUGCUGUACAAGACUUCAUGAGGUUUCCCGAGUCUAAUGGCUGGCCGGAGUGGUUUUCACGAGGCUGGACACUCCAGGAGCUCAUCGCUCCGACAAAACUCAAGUUCUUCAACAAGUCCUGGGAGCUUAUAGGGACGAAAGAGGGCCUGACAUCCACGUUACAGGAUAUUACUCGAAUUCCAGAGGAGGUUUUAAAGGACGCACAGGUUUUGAGGAGCAUCGACUCCUCGGAGCGUCCACGCACCGCUCAGAUCAUGGCUUGGGCCGCUGACCGGACGACGACACGAGUGGAAGAUCGGGCGUAUUCACUGUUAGGCUUGUUCGGUGUGAACAUGCCGAUGCUGUACGGAGAGGGCUCGAAAGCAUUUCAGCGCCUGCAGCUGGAAAUAAUCCGGAUAUCCAGCGAUCACAGCAUAUUUGCAUGGAAUCCCAAGAGAGAGUUUCGGCAGUCGGGAAGUGUCCUGGCAGCUGGUCCGAGCUCUUUUCAGGGCUGUCACAACAUCGAAAACGUGCAUCGCAAGGAGUUCGUCAAUGGGGUGAAGGCGUACAUGGGCAAGAGUGGAUUCCACGUGAACUCAAAUUAUUACACACCAAUGGAGGCCCAUGUGAACUCCCCUCAAUUUUCUAUAUUCAAUGUCACGAAUGUGGGCAUCCAAGUGUCGUUGCCCGUCAUACCCCAUCGCGGUGCCUCUGAUGGGCACUUCAAGGCCAUCCUGCCGUGUCGCGACCGCCUCGGAAACCUGAUCACCAUCGACCUUGAACCCCACGGACUCAACUCUUGCAGGUCUUUUUGGGCUAUUCGUAUUGCGGAUGACACGUGGCCUGGGUUUACAUCAUUUUAUCUCAAUUUUUCUCGUGAAGGCGAUGCUGAUGAGAGCUACCACGACCUUAGGCUCGACGACUGGCACACCUCGUGGCAUGGAUUUACUCGUCGCGGCACCUUUCCCAGCGAGGUCUCAGACAAUACAGUCACACUCUCACCGGGAAACAAUCUGAUUGUUUUAGUCUAUGUCAACAAUGAUGCCAGAUCUCGCUUUGCAGUUGGAAUUGGAUACUGCCUUGGUCGAGUAUGGACACACGUUAGCAGUGAUGAAUCCCGUGCAAAGGAAGGAGUUUUGUCGUCGUGGACAGACUUUGCCAUGCAAACAUACGAUGUCCUGUGGAAUACACCUAUCCACGAGUUCUAUCGCAACAUCCGCAACACUGUUAGGGACGCUCACAUUCCCCGAUCCAUAUGGGAUGCAAGGAUUGCCUGUCGCAGCAGCGAUCAGGGCUAUACCGACGUGAUGAUCGGCGUCAAGUGGUGCCCCGGUUGUUGUACUGGGCCACGGGAGUUCACACAUACGUCUCUAAGCGAUCAUGGCCAUCCUUUCGAUGGCAGUUUCAACUCUCGCAGUAACAUAUCCCGAGACAUGCGGGAAGUUCGUAUCAAUGAUUGGCAUAGAGGACUGGCUUGUGAACAGAGAAGGAAACGAUACCAAAACAUAAGAGGACACUUCGACGCCUUGGCGGAACUGUUGCCGUAUCGCUUUGUCGGAACCAAAGCUUGUGACGAGUCUGUGGUGCGUUGGAAAACUGCUUGGGACCCGUAAGCACGCCCUUAUGAGUCAGGAGAACCUACGGCGGAUGAAUAAAGAGAUCAACAUCUCGGCCAUGUUUGGUUUGGAGUACCUGAGAAACUGGGUUGGCGAGAUACAGUUCUUCGGACACUUCCCUCCGGAGAUGGAAACCUCGCGAGCAGCCCCUUUGCUCAAGAGGUGCACAGAUGUUGGCAAAGGGCUCCUUCACGAGAAGCGAAAGACGCAGAGUGAGGUAAUCUCCAUGUCACAAACUCUUAGUGUUGGGGUACCUAAAUACAUUCGUACUACGCUCCUUGAUGC